AGUCAAACAUUGGGACUGACACUUCCUGACCCAUUUAUCAACUACAAAGCUGCCAAAAGUUUUUUUUUUUUUAUAUAACGCCUGAACUACAAUUAUGUGGCCAAAUCAAGGUGCAUCCAACCCAGCCUUCCCUCCUGGCUACAACCCUGCAUAUCCUGCUGUCCCACCUGCAGGAGUCUUCCCCCAGCCUCCACCUCCACAGUUCACACCUGUCCAGUAUCCAGUCGGCCUCAACCCGGCCGUGGUACCUAACGCGCCUCCUGGCGUGCUGCCCUAUGUAGCCCCAGGACCCCAAUCUUACCCCGUGGCGGCUGGAGGAUAUCCAGUAGUCCCUGUGGCAGGCGCCUACCCACGCUCACCUAAAGGGCAGCAUAAACACCACAAGAAAAAAGGGCAUCAUCACCACAAAGGCCAUUACUCUGGGGGCAUUAACUCCUUGGGUGGGGGCUUGAAUCACUUGGGUGGAUUGAAUCACUUGGGUGGGGGCUUGAAUCACUUGGGUGGAUUGAAUCAUGUGGGUGGGGGCUUGAAUCACUUGGGUGGAUUGAAUCACUUGGGUGGAUUGAAUCACGUGGGUGGAGGCGUCAGCGGAGCCUUGACAGGAAUGGCCUUGGGGUUAGUGGGACAUAAAGUCAACAAGAAGUUGAAGAAGGGGAAGAAGGGGCACCACUAUGGCGGGCACCAGUAUGGCGGGCACCAUAAACAUGGUGGCAAGUCCUCCAGUAGCAGCAGCAGUAGCAGCAGCAGCAGCAGCAGCUCAGACUGAGGAAAUGGUCCAUUAUUGUACUGUAAAUACACCAACAUUUAUAUAAAGUGACUGUCUGCUAAAACAACUUGCCAAUAAUUAAUUUAACACAAUUUGUAGAAUUAAACAGUUCAUUCUAAUAUUACUUGGGCUAUGUACUGCAUAAUUUUAGAAAUCUCAAUAUUGGCUUAUUUGACCACUCCACUGUUAACAGCCACCGGGUUGCAUUAUAUGUGUUGUUUUGAAACUAUAAAGUCUGCAUAUUAUAUUUUCCAGAGGGUGUUUAUUUUUUUUAUAGAUCUAUAAAAUGGUGAUAUGGUGGAAGAAAUGUCUAAAAAAUUUAUAUUUUUCCAUGUUGGUACUCUGGUUGUAUGGUCUACAAUUAAAGUAUGAAUGAAUAAAAAAAAAAG